UCUAUCCAACCAUAUAGAAAUCUUCUAUCUCAUUAUCUUUUAUGUAGAGCUACAACCCUAAAGGUGAGGAAUUUCUUUUAGAUAUAUAACACCCACUCAGAAACUCAUUUUUUCUGCUCAGUUAGAAACUAACUUGAGCGUCGGAGUGACUUUGAGGACUUGACCCCUAGGCUCCUCAUAGAUUGGUCCUUUCCUUGCAAGUUUCUUACAGAGUUCUGCCUUCACGUGGUUGAACUCUUUCUUUACUUCUCCAGUUUAGAUCGGUAGAAGGAAAUACAGCUUCAACAGGGCCAAAAUAAAGUAUUAAAAAUUAUUUGGGCAUUCAAAUCUAUUAAAUAAGGAAACCUUAAUCUUGUGGUUUUCUUAUUUCUUUGCAACUCCAAGCCGCUAGGAAGCAUCUUUGAUCGAAAUCACACACACUCGCACGCACAUCCCUUUCAAAGGAACCAUGACGGACUGGACUUUCCCGUACCUAAAUGCUGCUAUUGUUGGACUGCUUGCUUUCUCCUUCUUCAUUGUCCACUUUUUCUUCAAGAAAGAUGCCAAAAAACAUGGUUUGGUACCACCAGAAGCAGGUGGUGCAUGGCCUAUUAUUGGCCACCUUCACCUCUUAGGAAGAGGUCCAGAAAAGCUUCCCCACAUAACCUUGGCAGCCCUGGCCGAUAAAUAUGGACCGGCAUUCACUAUCAGGCUAGGAGUGCAUAAAACCCUUAUUAUAAGCAGCUGGGAACUAGCAAAGGAAAUAUUCACCACCCAUGACUUAGCUGCAGCAGGGCGUCCGAAUUAUUUAGCAGGUAAACUCCUAAAUUAUGACAACGCCGCUUUGGGAUUCGCUCCUUACGGUGCUUAUUGGCGAGAAAUACGUAAGCUAACUGCCACCGAACUACUCUCCACUAAACGCCUUGAGCUCCUCAAGCACCUCAGAGUUUCUGAAACUGAGAUUUCCACAAGAAAUCUUUACAAUCUCUGGAAUUCUUCAACAGGCUCAGGCCCUGUUCUGGUGGAAAUGAAGCAGUGGUUUGCGGACUUAACUCUAAACGUGAUCCUUAGGAUGGUUGUGGGUAAAAGGUUCUUUGGGGCAGUAGAUGUUAGCACGGAGGAAGAAGCAAGGUUGUGCCAAAAUGUGAUGAGGGAAUUCUUUCAUUUAACUGGGCUGUUUGUACUGGCAGACUCUGUUCCUUAUCUGAGAUGGUUGGAUUGGGGAGGGUAUGAAAAGAAAAUGAGAGUAAAUGCUCGAGAGAUGGAUCAGCUAGCCAACCGAUGGUUGAAAGAACAUCGUCAAAAGAAACAGGCAGGGGAGGCCACUAGUGAUCACCGGGACUUCAUGGACGUCAUGCUGUCACUCAAGGAAGCUGCAGCUAUUGCCGCGGUUGGUGGUUACGAUGCUGAUACUAUCACCAAAGCCACUUGCACAAUUUUGAUUUCUGGUGGGAGUGACACCACUUUAGUUGCGCUAAUAUGGACACUGUCUUUGAUAAUGAACAACCCUCAAGUCUUGAAGAAGGCUCAAGAAGAACUAGAUCUGCAGGUUGGCAAGGCGAGGCGAGUUUCAGAGUCAGACAUUAGUAAUUUGGUCUACCUCCAAGCUAUCAUCAAAGAAGCACUACGACUAUAUCCACCUGAGCCAUUGGGGGGCGCUAGAGAAUUGAGGGAAGACUGUAUUGUAGGUGGUUAUCAUAUCCCCAAAGGCACACGAGUAAUCCUGAACAUAAGGAAAAUCCAGCGAGAUCCCAACGUGUGGCAUGAUGAUCCAUUGGAAUUUAGGCCGGAGAGAUUCCUCACCACUCAUAAGCCUAUUGAUGCAAAAGGAUAUCACUUUGAGUUGAUCCCGUUUGGUGGUGGUAGAAGAAUUUGCCCCGGCAUUAAUUUUGGGCUACAGAUAUUACACCUUGUCUUGCCUAAUUUGCUGCAUGCUUUUGAACUGUCAACUCCUUCGAAUGAACCGGUUGACAUGACUGAGAGCGCCGGGUUGUCAAACAUGAAAGCCACUCCGCUCCAACUCCUUGUUGCUCCGCGCCUGCCUCAUCAUCUUUACUAGCAGCUCAGCAUGGGAAGAUUCAACCAAUGUUCUCUAGUGCUAGUGCUUGAAAUGUUUAUUGAGGAAUCGAAUAAUGAAAAUGGAUAGAGACUCCUCAUAUUUUGUAUUGAA